UGUGACAUGAUGUUCACACACUGUGGUGUAAAAUGGAGCAUAUUGACUUCCAGUGACAACAGACGCUGUUAAAUCCCCUCACUCAGCCCCAUCCUAGAUCAGCUAUAGCAGGCUGAUGCUGGACACUGACGAGCAUUUACUCGGGUGUGUGUCUGUGCGUGUGCGCGUGUGUGUGUUGGCACCUUGACAUCCCAACGCACUGUGCGCGCACGACGUGCCGUGCCGCUCUACGCCGGUGCCGUGCUUUGCCGCUCAUCGCCUAUUACAGCCAAAGGGAAAGGCUUAACGGAUCGCACACAGACAGGCAAGCAGCGACAAAACCCGGCUCAUUAAAAUCUCGUCUGCAGACCCUCCACCGGUCGCGCGCACUACUACUACAGCUCCUUUAGGUGCUGCUGCUGCUGCCGCCGCCGACGCGCGCGCUCAAGGUGUGGAGGAGAGGGCAGCCCGCUCGGUACCAUGGACCCGACCCCAAGCUGUUAAACGGUUCAGAGAUAAAAAUCAGCUGUGAGGGAGACCAAAUAUUAGGGAGGUUAACGGUGACAUGGCGAAAGCGGGUAACAUCUGAACUUUGGAGGCUCCCCUGUGAGGAUUAUCGUGCAGCUCCACACAAUCUGACCGGUACAACGAGGACCGCAGGACCACAGUUUGCAUCAGCGAGUCAAAGGGACAGCCACCGGUAUGGCGCGCGGUGACAGUCGUUUAGGCACCUGGCAGGUGCUGCUGACCAUCUCAAUGGUCAUCAUCCCGCUGUCUGCUCACGGGAGGAUGGUCACUUCACUUCGAAGGCACCAUCAUCACCACAACCAAUCAUCUGUCAACAAGGAGGCCUUGAACGCCAGGUUGGUGCUCAGCGAUGACUCUGCAGAGAGGGACCACCUGAUCGGAGCGGGCCUCGGGGCUAAACUCCCACUCAGCUCCACUAAACACCACCAUUCUCAUAAACACGCCCACCUAGACGUUGUAGAGGGGGAGGAGCUCACUGCUGGAGGUGCGGGUCCAGACCAGCCUGGAAACCCCAUGUCCGAUGAUGUCAUCACCGUGGAGUUUCACAGCCCUGCGCCGGAUAGUGUGCCCUCUGAUGUUGCUCUGGAUUGGGCUCCAAAACCACAGAAGCAAAAAGCAGGUGACCCUACUGCAUGGACGCUUUCUGACUUUUACGACUACCUGUCCCCUGAUGAUGACCUCUCUGCGUUAGAUGCGACCCCAGAACCUGAACCCACCCCUUCACCCCCGCCUGAUAUGGAAGACGAGAAUCCGCUCCUGGCUGGUGCUCCUGUUGUUCCCGACAAGGCGAGGCCUAAGGUGGAGAGCGGGCCCUCUCUACCAGCUCCUCCCAUGCCAGGGCCGGACAAGGGCGAUGGGUUAGGCUUAAGUGGCGCCAUGGGGGCUGACGGUUGCAGGCUGGGCUUUGUGCGUUCUGGACCCGGGGUUUGUGUGUCUCAGUGUGACAUUGAACCCAAUUUCUGCUUCAAUGGAGGAGUGUGCACCGUGGUGGCAGGGAUGGGAGCCUUCUGCAGGUGCAACGUGCAGGACUACAUCUGGAACAAAGGCACUCGCUGCGACUGGGCGGUCACCGAGUUCCAGGUGAUGUGCGUGGUGGUGGGCGUGUCCUCCGUGGUGCUCAUCCUCCUCUUCAUGAUCAUCGUAUUCUUUGCCAAGAGGCUGCACCGCCUCAAGAAUGAGAACAAGCGCCUUCGCAAACGCAGUAAGUACCACCCACAGAGCAGCGAGCCACAGACGGACGGCCUCUCUGUUUCCACAACAGCCGACGGCUCGCAGCCAAACGUAAGGAAACUGUGUGACACCCCUCCGCCCGCUCCACAAGCUCACACUCACAACCUGGCGUACUAUGACAACAUUAUAUGUCAGGAUGACCCUCAGAAGCAGGAGGACCCAGCGAGGUCCCCACAAGCCAAGGAAGAGGGGUCAAUGAACAUCCUCAACUCUCAUUCCCCCAAACACGAGAACAACCGUCCAACCUCUGUCGCCCACGACCAGGGCCACACCCCUAACAACACAGAGGAGAACGCCGAGGAUGGAGUCACUAUUGGCCUGGAAGUGCUCCUCCCCAAGGAGGCCAAGCUCCACCCAGAGACCAGCUCGCCCCUUCAGUAUGACGUCUUCCUCUACAAGGUUGCCAACAAUGGAGACUCCGCCUCUCCCGGCCAAGCCCCUCCCACUCACAGCGCCAACUCUUACCCCUCCUCUCACCCCGUGCCUAAAUCGCCCAAAACACCCAAAACACCCAAAACACCCAAGACGCCCAAGUCGGCCAAGGUGCCUAAGUCACCCAAAUCACCCAAACACACCAGGGAACACCCACCCGGUACCCGUGAACCCUUGUCCGGGAGGCACUCCUCACCCAGACGUCACCCGUCACCCGGCCGCCACCCAUCACCAAGUCGUUACUCCGCUCCUGUUAGCUAUUCUUCCCCCACCCGCCAUCCAUCCUCCCAUCACUCUCCCUCUCGGUACAAAGGCAUGCCCACCUCCUCCUCCACCCCGCCUCAGUUACGCAGGCCAAGAGGUCGGUCACAGCCUCCAGGCUCAGAGCGCUCGGGGACUGGUGGAGAGUACCAGAGCGGACACAUCCGUCCAUCGCCCUCCUCUCCUCACCUCACCCAGCCUCCUCCAUCACCAUCCAGGGUGAAGUACAGCCCGGUCAGCACCCGCUCCCUGCCACCGCUCUCCUGACCAGGCCUCCACCCUGCCUGGCAUCACACGCACAAACAUCCGUCAUAAUCUAAUCUACCCGGCAACAUGUCCAUCGUGGCUCUAACUUUUUUUUAUUAGUAGUUUAGAGAUUAUCCAUCCAUCUAUCAUCCAUCUUUGCACCCUGCCUCCUCACGUUUAUACUCAGAGGAGGAGCACGUCACCUGUUCUCGGUCCAUGGAGCCAGAAAACUAGAACUGGGACAGCUCCGCACACACCACACUUGGAUGCACCAAAGUGCACAUAUACAACACUGCAUAGUUGCUGAAGCCACACAUUCACACCUUUAUGUAAAUAACAACUUCUCAAAGCUCAGGUUACUGCUCACACAAGCACACAAUGAACCACUACAUGUGAAAAUGCUCUCCUAGCAUGGUGCCAACAUCAGCGAAUGCUGAGGAUAUUGUUCAUUAAGGAUCAUAGGGUUUACUACAUUAGCCUUAGUAUUAUCAGUGGUUUAUAUAAAUCUUUUUGCUAUUCAGUGUGUAAGAUUAUUUCAUGUUUUCACAGGCUUUUUGGUAUGUUUUUCAUGUUUUUAAUCCUCAAUAAAUAGAUAAUACAACAAAGCGUGCAGUAUUGUGUUCUAAAGAUGGAGAGAGCUAAGAGGGACAAAGAAGACAAAAAGAGACAGCAAAGAUAAGAGACACA